AAACAGGGCUGAACACGGUGGAUGAUAAGCCUGGUACAUUAGUCAUGGAAACAGGGAUGAACACUGUGGAUGAUUAGCCUGGUACAUUAGUCAUGGAAACAGGGAUGAACACUGUGGAUGAUUAGCCUGGUACAUUAGUCAUGGAAACAGGGCUGAACACUGGAUGAUAAGCCUGGUACAUUAGUCAUGGAAACAGGGAUGAACACUGUGGAUGAUAAGCCUGGUACAUUAGUCAUGGAAACAGGGCUGAACACGGUGGAUGAUAAGCCUGGUACAUUAGUCAUGGAAACAGGGCUGAACACGGUGGAUGAUAAGCCUGGUACAUUAGUCAUGGAAACAGGGCUGAACACGGUGGAUGGUAAGCCUUGUACAUUAGUCAUGGAAACAGGGCUGAACACGGUGGAUGAUAAGCCUGGUACAUUAGUCAUGGAAACAGGGCUGAACACUUGAGUCCUGCUGUUGACAGUCAAAUGUUUAGGGUCAUGCUACACAGCUGGCUACAGACAAACACACACACACACACACCUGUUCCCCUAUGGCAACAGAGCUAUUCUUUAAACAACCAGAUAACCCAGCUGUCGGUUUCAGAUCAAUUAUUUAUUAAUAAAAACAAAAAAGUUAUAUAAGUAUAGUCUGAUUUGAUUCAUGUCAUAAUGUAAUGAUUAAACAGAGAUAUACAAAUGUAUGUGUAACCGAUGUGAAAUGGCUAGCUAGUUAGUGGUGGUGCACGCUAAUAGCCUUUCAAUCGGUGACGUCACUUGCUCUGAGACCUUGAAGUAGUAUACCUCUAGUAUACUUCUAGAUCUCAGAGCGGCUUUUGUGGAGCGAUGGGUAACGAUGCUUCGUGAGUGACUGUUGUUGAUGUGUGCAGAGGGUCCCUGGUUCGAGGGGACGAACUAAAGUUAUACUGUUACAUAUGCUUUCCAGAAAAGAUCUCCUUCCAUUUGUCCAAGAGUAUUUCUCAUCCAUUUUGACCUAAUGCUGCUCAAGCAAUGAUAUUCAGUCGACUCCAGAUAAGUGCAUUUUCAAUACUUGCAAACUCUGUGUUAAGUAGAUUACAGUGUUUUGUCAGACCCAUUUCAAUGUCAUGACUUUAUAAUUACUCUUGAUAAUGGCAUUCUCUGGUUUAGUGCACGCUGUCCCAAGCAUACACUAACAACAACGCUAUUACUCAAUUUAAAUGUUUCGUGUUUCCACACGUAGUUAUCGAUUUCUAUUAUAAUUGGUCUGUAACUUGUAUUAAAACCCCCCACCCUCAUUGUGGCGCUGUGUUGUGUUUAUGGGCUCUCCACCCGCUUCUAAAAACAGAAAAAUAAAAUACGGAAAUAAAACUAGGAGUGUGCUUGUCACCAUCGUUCUUUCUUCAACUCUCAGUCGACUGAAACAUGCCUAAACUACAGUCGUUUCGUAUGUUUUUAAAUGAGCGUUUAACUGCGGCCGCUGUAGAGAUUUUGGGUGCAGUUGAGCAAACGGUAGCGGACUAUCAGGAGGAGAAUGAUCGGCUACGGAGACUGCUGAGGAUCACACCGGAGAUACAACUACGUAGGAUAGAAUCUCUGCAGCUCUCUCUCGCUGUCUCUGAAGAGGAGGUUCUCCCUGAGCAGCAGCACUGUGAGCAGGAGUGGAGCCCCAGUCUGGGGCAGGAGAACCCAGAACUUCCACAGAUUAAAGAGGAACAGGAGGAACUCAGGACCAGUCAGGAAGAAGAGCAGCUUCAAGGGCUGGAGGCUGAUUUCAAAUUCACUCCUUCCUGUGUGAAAAGUGAAUGUGAUCAGGAGGACCCACUUCAGUCCAUGACUCUUCCGCAAACCCAGACUGUGGAGAACAGAGAGCGUGACCCUAAACAAGUGGAUCUCACACCUUUUGUUACUGUGACCCACAUUAAGGGUCUCUACAUUCCCUGUGACCCUCCAGAUAAUCAAAACAAUACCUCCAGCCACAGGUCAGCUGUAAGCAGUGACCCAGUAGGACUUGACAGCAGCCCGCCAUUGGAUCCCAGCCCACCAUUGAAUCCAAACCUAUCAAUGGGGGAACACUAUUCCAAACCCAGCACCAUGUCUAGAAAAACUCACCACUGCCGUGACUGUGGUGAAAUGUUUGCUUUGAAAGCUGACCUGCAGAGGCAUGUGACUCUCUUCAAGAAGAGACUCAGUGAAUGCCGCUUCUGCAGAAAAUGCUACAACUCCACCUGUAAACUAAAGGCCCAUGUCCGACUCUGUCACAGUGGGAAACCCUACACCUGCCCUGUUUGUAGCAAGACCUUCAAACUCAAAGGAGACCUGUCCAAGCACAUGAGGAUUCACACAGGGGAGAAACCAUAUAGCUGUGGUGACUGUGGGAAAAGAUUCAAUCAGAAGGGGAAUCUAAGGAACCAUAAACUGACUCACACAGGAGAGAAAUCAUUUAGCUGUGAUGACUGUGGGAAAAGCUUCAAUCAGAAGGGGUCCCUAAAGAAGCAUAUACUUACUCACACGGGAGAUAAACCAUUUAGCUGUGCUGACUGUGGGAAAAGCUUCAAUCAGAAGGGGAAUCUAAGGAACCAUAAACUGACUCACGCAUUAGAGAAACCAUUUAGCUGUGAUGACUGUGGGAAAAGCUUCAAUCAGAAGGGGUCCCUAAAGAAGCAUACACUGACUCACACAGGAGAGAAACCAUUUAGCUGUGGUGACUGUGGUAAAAGCUUCAAUCAGAAAUGGAAACUAUCUUUACAUAUCCAGACUCACACAGGAGGGAAACCAUUCAGCUGUGAUGAGUGUGGGAAAAGCUUCAUUCAGAAGUGGUCCCUAAAGAAGCAUACACUUACUCACACAGGAGAUAAACCAUUUAGCUGUGAUUACUGUGGGAAAAGCUUCAUUUACAAGGGAAACCUUAAGAGCCAUAAACUGACUCACACAGGAGAGAAACCAUUUAGCUGUGAUGAUUGUGGGAAAAGCUUCAAUCAAAAGUCUAACUUACUGACGCAUGUUAAAAACAUCCACAAAGGAGGAAAACAGGAUAAACUGAAAGAAAAUUAGGACAAAGAUCUAUUUAGUCACAAGAUGACAAUAAAAAGUCAGGAUGUGGACAAUUCUGAGUACACGCUCAGACACAAAUAGCUGGAAUAAUUAAAUGAAGUCUAUGAGAGAAUAGUCAGAUUAACUGAUUACUAAAUUAGCAGUGCAGAUGGCAUUAUUUUAUUAAGUGCAGAGAUGUAUUAUAGGUAUGAAUGUGUAGGGGACUUCUGAACUUCUACAGAUUUUGUGGCCCAGCAGGAAGAUCAGCAUAUCCCAAAUCCAGAGGUUGUCAGUUCAAAUCCCAGGUGGGGUCAUAUUGAAAAGUCUACUAAGUGAUCAUGUCAAAUAAGACAUGACUUUAGUCAUCAACUUUGUGCACAAAACAUACAUUGAAUUAUUUUAUAACAAUUAGAUCAUGAAGAUGUUAACAUUUUAUUUUCAUGAUCUGAUGUCAUGAGCCAGUUGGCCAGGGAGUAGUGUGGUUGGUUUGUUUAAAGGUCCUGAACGGUCAUAAGAGCACCUCCUCCCAGCUGCCCACUGCACUGAUGCUAGGAAGCACUGUCACCAUCGAUAAAUCUACGAUUAUCGAGAAUUUCAAUAAGCAUUUUUCUACGGCUGGCCUUGCUUUCCACCUGGCUACCCCUACCCCGGUCAACAGCUCUGCACACCCCACAGUGUGCAACUUGCCCAAGCCUCCCCCAUUUCUCCUUCACCCAAAUCCAGAUACCUGAUAUUCUGAAAGAGUUGCAAAAUCUGGACCCCUACAAAUCAGCUGGGCUAGAAAAUCUGGACCCUCUCUUUCUAAAAUGAUCUGCCUCAAUUGUUGCAACCCCUAUUAUUAGCCUGUUCACCCUCUCUUUCGUAUCGUCUGAGAUCCCUAAAGAUCGGAAAGCUGCUGCGGUCAUCCCCCUCUUCAAAGGGGGAGACACUCUAGACCCAAACUGUUACAGACCUAUAUCUAUCCUACCCUGCCUUUCUAAGGUCUUCGAAAGCCAAGUUAACAAACAGAUCACCGACCAUUUUCAAUUCCACCGUACCUUUUCUGCUAUGCAAUCUGGUUUCCGAGCUGGUCAUGGGUGCACCUCAGCCACGCUCAAGGUCCUAAACGAUAUCAUAACCGCCAACGACAAAAGACAAUACGGUGCAGCCGUCGACCAGGCCAAGACUUUUGACUCUGUCAAUCACCGCAUUCUUAUCAGCAGACUCAACAGCCUUGGUUUCUCAAAUGACUGCCUCGCCUGGUUCACCAACUACUUCUCAGAUAGAGUUCAGUGUGUCAAAUCGGAGGGCCUGUUGUCCGGACCUCUGGCAGUCUCUAUGGGGGUGCCACAGAGUUAAAUUCUUGGGCCGACUCUUUUCUCUGUAUAUAUCAAUGAUGUCGCUCUUGCGGCUGCUGAUUCUCUGAUCCACCUCUACGCAGACAACACCAUUCUGUAUACUUCUGGCCCUUCUUUGGGCACUGUGUUAACUAACCUCCAGACGAGCUUCAAUGCCAUACAACUCUCCUUCCGUGGCCUCCAACUGCUCUUAAAUGCAAGUAAAACUAAAUGUAUGCUCUUCAACUGAUCGCUGCUCGCAUCUGCCCGCCCGCCUAGCAUCACUACUCUGGAUAUAGAUAUAGAUAUGAAAAGAGCAAUGUAAUUUAUGGAGGACACAUCAUGUAUUGACUUAUUUUAAACUUUUAAGGUAUAGAAAAUAUAGAUUUUUGUGUUAAAAUAUAGAUUUUAACACAAAAAUAAAAACAUACAACUGACUAUGUUGCAGAUUUAUCAUUGAAAAAUGUUGCGUAACAAAUUCAGUACUUCGAUAAAUACAGGCAUUUGACAAAGCAUCAUCUCAAACAAUUAAAAACACAAUUGACCAUUCAUCACAUGACAAGCAUACAAUAUUUUUUUU